GUGUGUGUACCCCCGCCAGCCGGCGACCUCGCGCGUCUCUCGUCUAAGACGCAUCAAUCAAUGAGUGUGCAGGCCGUCAUUGGAAGGAUAGCAAUUACCGCGGCUAAGUACCGUCUCCCAUUGCCGCUAAUAUGUGGUCAGAUUUUUACCUCGCUCCGUGGCCAAUUUCAAAUUUUCCUGCGACCGAGCCGGAUUGGCCUAUGACUGCGGGCAGAAGAAAGUGACCUAGAGGUUGUUGGUUUUUUUUUUCCCUUUUCAUUGUUGAAUUUAUUUUUAACACACCCAACGGCCCAACGCGUUAUUCUGCCGAACCUGGAUUAUUUGUGUCUGUCUUUCGAAAACAGGAUAUUACCAAUAGGAUUAAACUCUUUGUGAGGGACAAGUAAGUGGAUUACUUUCUUGAAUUGGAUUAUUAACUGUGUGAAUUCCAUUUGGAUUAAUAGUUUUAUUAUUUUGUGAAAGAUAACAUCCACUUACGGCGUCGGAAAUGAGAAAGCGGGCCCGUCGAGGAAGGGGGAAAGGGAAAAAAGGGACAACUCCCUAUGGCGACGCCAUCUCCGGGGCCGGGAUGGAGACCCUGACAGCGUCGUCACCUGGUUUGAGCGAAGAUACUGAAGUGGAGGAUAGUGUUGAGACGCCGGGCGACCCGAGAGAGGAGGACCUUGAUAUCGGCGAUGCCGUAACUGGUAUUGUGUCUGACGGCGCCGUAAAUGACGACGCCGUAGUCGGAAUCGAAGCAGCCACGACGACCAAGGACGUGGUUACGGAGACACCCGGAACUUCCACCUGCGUCGGCGGGGGCGCUGCUGUCGUUGCCAACAGCAGUAACAGCAGCAACAGCAGCGUCGACGGCGACGGGGGGUCCGACGCUGGGGACAACGAGCAGAUGCACACGGGCUUCAUGCAGACGGGGCCCAAAAACUACCGGGUCGGCAGCACCGUGGUGAACCUCAACAACUGCUCCGACGACGACAUCACGCCGGAGUUCCGGCAGAACGACAUCUGCCUGCAAGUUGAAUGCGGCGACAACAAAGCGCUGAUGUACAUGUCGAAACUGUACCAGGGGAGCAAGGGCAAAUGUAUCGAGCUCGGAGGGAAGUGGUUCACCCCCAACGAGUUCCAGGCCGUGUCCGGCAGGGAGUCGGCCAAGGACUGGAAGAGGUCCAUACGACAUCAUGGGCGUAGCCUGAAGCUGCUCCUCAGCAAAAAUGUCCUGGACGUGCAUCCGGCGGCGUGUCGAUGUGACUCUUGCAGUCAGCUCCAGCUGUUGAAUGGCAAGACAGGAUCAAGUGGCGAUACGAAUAAAGGAUGCUCAGGCGGUGAAACUUCAGGAGACGACAACAGACGUUCAUGCAACGGAGGAACAGCAGCUGGAAAGAAACGUAAGAAAGGCAAACAGCCUGCACCUCAGCCAAAGCCUCCAAUUAAAAUGACUGCGACGGCUGCAGGGGUAGCGGCAGCAGCUGCCGCCACAACAACCAACAAGUUAGAGCCUCUAGGCAUUACUAUAUCUAUUACACCGGAGAAGCCUAAAGAUAUUGAAGACAAGUUGCCUGAGAUCCCAAACUUGGACUCACCAUUAUUUAAAGAUGUUCCUUCAAAAAAGAUAGAGUCGUCAUCUGACUCUUCCUCCUCUUCUGGUGGCACAUCAUCUUCUGAGGACUCAUCCACAUCAGAUGAUGAUUCUGAUGAUGAUGAAGAUGAAAAGAAAGAUGCAGUACUUCCUAACAAUAACCAGAAGUCUGAUGUUGUUGAGGAGCCCCCGAAAGCAAGGACUCCUAUCAAGCUUACAAUUUCAAAUGUUGGCAAACCAUCAGCUAAAGUAACAUCUACUGCAUCCAGGGAGGUUAUUUCUAGCAAUUCAUCAGAUUCUGACACAGAUGUUGAGGAUAUGGAUAAAUGUGACAAUCCAUUGAAGAUGGAUACUCUAUCCAUGGAUAAACCUUAUCACAACCACAAUAUGCUUAAAGACGGUAAGAACGACAAGGUGAGAAAUGCCAAACUUGGCAUGGAUGUGGAUUUUAAAAACAAGGGGAAGAGCCCGAUACAGAACCACCUUGAGUGGAAAAAUUUGUGUGAAACAACUAACCUUAAAGGGAACUGCAAGGAUAGCAGCCUUUUAUUGAAUAAUGAAAACGCAGCGGAGGAUAUACUUCGGUUUAGAGAUCAACCAACGGUGGACUGUUCCAAAGUGAAAGAAGAUGUGGAACAAGAGGACACAGACUAUUUCCAACAAAUUGAGGAUGUAUUAAGGCCCAUGGAAUGCAUGAACAACACUUUGAAUCAAACAAAUAAUUUGGAUUACAAAGCUGAGGAGAUAACUCCUGCUUUCUCCCUGCCUUGCAAGGAGUCAAUGCCUGUCACAGACAUGGAUACCAAACCAGAAGAGAUCAAAGCAUUGUAUGUGCCAGAUAAUUCUGAUGGAUGUGUUCUAUCUGCUUCAAUGGGGAAGUCCCCUCAGCAUUUAAAACCUAUUAAGGCAUUAUCUGCUAAUCUUGUGGAUGAUUUGCCCGCAUGCAAAGCUGUGAGUUGUGAGGAUGCUUUUUCAUCGGAGACCUCAAACAGGUUUCUUGCGGAAAAGAUGGAUAGUUCUGAUGUUGACGCACACCAUUCAAUUGUAAAUAAUUCAAACAUAGACAGUGAUAAGAACUUCCUGAUAAAAACAAUCUCUAAUGACUUGACAUUGCCGUAUCACAAAGAGAAUGAGCCUCCUAGGGAAGAGGCUCACUCUAUUAGUGAUUCUCAAGCUGAAGUGAAAGACCUCAACCUUAAUAUCAAAAUGUCCAAUUCCAAUGAGAAUGGCUUAGAAGCAGCUUGCUUGAAUAAGGAUGCUGAUCUGUCUAAUUGUGAAAAAAUUUCCUUGGAUGAAAUGAAUGAAUCUUCCAGUCUAGCUUCGGUCAGCUGUGAUCCUAAAGUUGCUGUCCCUAAAGUGAAAGAGGUCCCUGUUACUUCAUUACCUUCACCAGUAAGCACCAAGAGCUCACAGUCUGGUAACGCCCCCAGCACUGUUCCAACCAAGAGCUGCACCAACGGUAUCCCAGACAGUGAAAACCCUUUCAUUACUUGGACUAAGUAUGACGAUGACAACUCCACUCCACUUCCUGCCACCCUACCAGCAUCCAGUCUUGUAAGAGCUCUAGCUGGGGCUUCUUUUCCACCACUUCCAUUACCCGUGGAUGGUACUGUCCCACAGAUAUCACCUCUGGGUGGACCAGUUGCACAGUUGUCUCCUCUUGGCCUGGCUGGACUACCGUCUGCAACCAGUCAGCUUAGAAUGUCACCUGUUGCCCAGAUUCCCAGGCUGACCUCUCCUGGCUCCCAAAGACUGCGUCUGUCGCCAAGCCAUAGCAGUCAACAGAUGUCUCCACCUCUCAGUCACACAUCACAUUUGUCAUCUCCACUCGGUCAUGCAUCACAUUUGUCAUCUAAUGACAGCACCAAAGUAGGUCAGCGGGAAGACAGCAAAGGAAAAGUCGCCCCCAAAAGUGUGAAGAGGACAUCUCGUUUGUCUAACAUCAUUGACAGUCUGAGAACAUCCAAAGAGAAACAGAUAGUAUCUACUCAGGCUACCGAACCUAGCAGUCGUGAACCAAAUAAAAAAAGCACGCUAGAUGCUUUGCUUGGAGCCGGGAGAAAAUCACCCACAUUGACCCCACCUUCAGCUCCCACUGGCCACAAGCAGUCCAUGCCGCCCUCUUCCUCCCCCGCAUACUCACCGUCUCUGUGCAGUGAUCAACGCACCUCGGCAGACAAGUUAUUUAGGGAGAGCAUGGGUUUCCCCCAUCAGAUCAGCCCAGACACUCGUCACGCAAUUAGAAAUAGCCUGGAUGCUGCAAGGGCUCAAGCAGUCAAUAACAGUUUUAAUGCACUGAAAGAUGGCCUUGACAAAGGGAAGAGAAUGUUGGAAAACUUGGAACUUAUGAAUAAUGGGUUGAUGGAUCCGUACUCUAAAAUUGGACCUACCGAGACCAAGUCAAGAAAAGUGGAACAACCUAGUCAGGUGCAAAAUCGUGUAAAAUCAUCGCUGCCAUCUCUUCCUUCAUCGUCGUCAUCUCCUGCUGCUACAUCGGCACCAUCCUCUUCCUCAAGGCCAUUGUCACGCCAGUCCUCUAAGCAGCCCAGCAGCUACCAGACCUCCUCCCCGUCUACUUCCUCCACAAGAUCAGCAAGUGUAACCACUACCAGCAACACCAGUGGUAUUAGCAGCAACAGCAUUAACAGCGUCAUGUUUCAGGCAGCGCCAUCAGCCGCGCUGGCUGCUGCCCACAUGGAACUGAAUGCUGCCGCCGCCAAUAUCCUCGCCUUCCAGCACAUGUACGGCAUGCAAGACCCUUACAUGAUGAAAACUCUGAUGAGCAAUCCCCUGUACCUGCAGAGACUUAUGGAGUUCCAAAAGCAAGCCAUGGACCCCCUCAUGCUGCGUCAGCUAGAAAUGUUUGAGGCUGCUGCUGCAGCAGAAAAAAACAAAAACAACAAGGACCAGAGAGCUGCUAUGAAUGCCCAGUCUCUGCUUUGGCAAGCCCAGGCUGCAUCCAUCCUCCAACACCAGCAGAUGCAACAGCUUCAACAACUUCAGCUUCAUCAUCAACAGCAACAGUUCCAGCAACAAGCUGCUGCUGUGAGAGAGCGGGAGACCAGAGAAACUAUUGCUGCAAUCAUGGCCAGUAAAAGCAACAGUCUUGGCUCUGGCACUAGCAAAUCUAGUGGCAGCAUCUCUACUGGGCAAUCUGCUAAGUCUCUGAUGGCAUCAGCCUCAUUAUCCUCCUCCUCAUCUUCAUCCUCAUUGUCAUCCAAUAAACGACCAAGGCCAGUUGUUCCACCAUCACCUUCAGAUCUUUACUCCAGAGACGGUUCCAGCUUGGAGAAAAAAUCAAGACCUAGUCAGCCGUCGUCUAGUCAUGUUUCUAACCAUAACUAUCACUCUUCUUCCUCUUCUGUGGUCACCAACUCAUCCUCGCUGUCAUCAUCAUCCUCUUCAGCUUCUGCUAAAAACACCCCAGUGACAAGCAAGUCUGCUAGUAGCAGCGGGAGCAGUAGCAACAUGAAACAACGCAGUAGCAGCAGCAGUGGUACAUCUGGUACACCAGGCAAGCACGAGUUCCUGGAUUUAUCAGCUGCUUUGCAGCUCUCAGCUGCACCUGCUCCAGGCCUCUGGGGUUUCCCAGGAGUGCUUCAGCCUCCUUCGGUUGACAUGGCUCGAAUGUCUCGUUUCUUUGAGCGCCCAGGAGAAGCUGCAGCUUCUUCUGCACCCUCAGGAACACACCCUGAACCAGAGGCCAGUGGUGCGGAAGUAUUAGACCUUAGCGUCAAGCCGAGAACUGGCAAAACAUGAAACUGUCUAGUUUACCACUAUCAUUUGACCCCUGCAAUGGAAAUAUCAGACUGUACAUAUGAAAUGUUGCUAAUACAUACCAAUGGUCUUAGCAAUAAAACCAAAGGAUUAAAUACUCAGUUUUUUCAUGAAAUGACAUUUCCAUAGAGUUGUGAUGGGCACGGAGAAACAAUUGUGUCAUUUCAUUUUCUUUUUUGAUGUCGUCAUUCAGUUCAUUUUGAGUAUAUACCAUCUUUGUUUUUUGUUUAUUUCUUUGCACUUUCUUCCCCCCCUUCCCCUUUCUGGAUUACUUGAGUUAAAUCAAUCGGAUCUGGAAUGCAUACAGUGUAACAUUAUCACUUAGUAACUGCAUUCAGAUAAUCUGUGACAUUCUAAUAUAUACAAGUCAAUAUUUAUGUGUUUAAUUUUGAUGGAAUUUCAUUAGAUUCCACUUGCAAUGGAUUUUUAUGUGUAUGUAUAUAUUUAUAUAUGUGUAGCAGUGAGGUCACAUCAAAUUUCAAGGAACUGCAGGAUGAGUGACCAAUGGAUUAAAUCCACGAAUAGUGAUGAUUUAACAUUUAAAAAGAUGUUCGUAAAUUGUUUCAUUCUAACAUUAUUAUUGUUUAUAAUAUACCCAGAAAAUUACAGUCUGACCCAAAGUUGAACCAUAAGACAAAUACUGCAAGUUUCCCUUGUGUUAGAUAGGCUAAGCUCCCUGGGUCAUGUCACUAUGACCACUUUUUUCUCACAGAUUCAAUGUGCUGUGUGUGACCUACUCUCUGACCUUUAUCUGAUAAUGACAGUAUUAAAUGACUGCCUUGAAAGGCUAAUUAUGUCACUAGAGGCCACACUUCUUUCCAGAUAACUAAAGCCAACCAACCAAAUAAAGUAAGACAAAAUAAUUUUAAUUGUCUGGUUGGUCUCUUGUGCUCUUUCUAUCCUUCCUUCCCACCCCCCCAUAUAUCUUUGAAAGUGAGGUUUAGAUGGCCAGAUUUUUAUCAGUCUGUAGGCCUAGAAUUUUAAUUGCUGCACAAGACAAGUUCAUAGUUUCAUAAUAAAAAGUUCAAAUUAGAACAUGUUCUCUGUUGUCACAUUUCUACAGAAACUUCCUCAAAUGACUGAACAAACAUGCUGUCUUUACAUUUUCCUUUCUACUUUAUGUGAGUUUGUGUACAAGCUGUGCAGUACGCAGAUACUCCACACACCAACUCUCUUUUGUUGUGGUCUUUGUACAUCCAUCUUUUGUUUGUUGAAGCCAUGACAGAUUUGUUAGCCACAAACAUUUUUUUAAAAACAGUUUUUAUUAGUCUGUCCUCAUCUAAUGUAAGUUGAUGUGUGUGUCUGCGCAUGGAAGUUGACUGUCCUGGUCGAACCAUUUUAUUGAACGAAUGUGUCUACAGGUAAAUAACAAAAUCUGUCCUUAACUUAUCUGGUCAGUUUCACAUUGUUAUUGUAUAGGCCUACGUACGAUUGCUGUUAUUUAAAUAACUUAUAUUGUCUUUUUUCUUGUUGUCUUUGUUGCAGGUGUAUAAGACUUAUGUUUGACCCAACUUUUUCAAAAUGUCAUAUAAAACAGGGGUUAGAACUUAAAAUAACAUCAUACAUUCUGGGGAGUGUCCCUUAGUAUACAUAAAAAAUGUGGAAAUCUUUUAAUGUCACAAAAGUGUCUAGAAUUGUUUUGCUAGAAGAUUUAUUAUGUGAGCACUUCUUUAUUCCUUUUGUUUGUCUACAAAUGAGGUAUUGUGGUUUUAAUUAAACACUUUGUAGACUUUUUGUGUGUGUCUACAGUUGUAAUUAUGCAAGAAAAAAAUGACUUCACUACAAGUGGUGUUAUUAGUAGAACUUUGAAAAACAAAAUGCAAUAUAUGUAAUGAACUAAAACACUCCAUGUUUAGGUUUAAAAAACCAAGCAAGCAAUUGAUUUUUGUUUGUUGAUGUGAACAAGAGUUGUGAGGGUUGUUUUCUCUUCCAAUAGGUCUAUUUUGUCUAUCAGUAAGUUGUUGUUGUUUUUUUGUACAUUCAUAAAAAUGAAACUGAUUGUUAAAAAAAAUCCUGUACUAAAAAUUGUAUAGAUUAAAAUAUUCUUUUAAAAACUUGUUCAAUAAAGGGUUAUUAAAUACUUUUCAUUAGAUGCGAUUAUAGUGAAGAUGUAAUAAAAAUAAAGGUAGACACCUUUCAGACCUUUUGAUCCAUGUGGCAGAUGAUGGUCAAGCAUAUGGUUUGUUCUAUGGCCAACAUGUCAUGUGGCCACUGCCUUUAACUUCUCUGAGUUGGGUGGACAUGAGGUUCCAAAAUCUCUGCCGUCACUGGGAUUCCAGUUCUUGACCAAAGUGAGAGGUUAGUGUUGAGUUCAGUAGACUACGUAGAUGUGAGGUCUGUACAGAGACUACCACUAAGAGUUCCAACUCUAAACUAAAACAUUUCAACCAGAGUUUGUUGGCCAUUGCUUCAUUUAUUGGCCUGCAUUCUCCAUCCUAAUUUGACAUGUAUUUUUAAUAUAAUAAUAAGGCCUGUCUUCGAGUCUGAAGAUUAAUGCAGUUUAAUAUAACCUAGAGGAAAUUAUCAAAUUAUUUUUUAAUAAAUAUAUAUGGAAAGGGCCUAUAGAUUUUUCUAGUAAAGAAUAGAUACAUACUUUUUAAUUAAAUUGCACAUUUGAGUAUUUUGUCAAACUUUUCUGUUUUCUGUAGUUCCAAAGUUCUGUACACCACCAAAGGAGCAGUUUUUAAUAAGUCAGUGUGUGGUAUAUGCAAUACACUGUACUACCAUCUAAGUCUUAUGUUUGAGAAUUGAUGAAAUGGGUGGGCAACUGGACGGUUGUGUUAAAAAAAAAAGAACCUGGAAUUCAACUUUUGAAAUAGCUGGACUAUGUACAUAUUAUUUUAUGAUUAGGCUCAGUGACACAGGCAAUUGUCAACCACACUUUGCUUUGUUUAAUAGUCAAAAGUCAACCACACAUUGCUAUAGGAUGGCAUUUUUUUUGUUUCGUCAUUACUGAUUUCAGUUAGUUGUUUAUAAACUAUUUUCUUGAUCAAGUCAUCUUAGCUCCUGCAAAUAAUUUUCUGUCUUGUCUGUUCUUGUAUUUACAAACUAUGAAUGUAUGACACUAGAUUUGUUUACCAUGUUAGCAUUGACCUAUGACCAACAGCCUCAUGUUAGCAUUGGUCAAAAGUAUCAAUGCCCAGCUAUCUACUGUUUGUGACUGUAUAACUAUUACCACUUCUGUAUGUCCAAAUAUUCAUUCUGUAUUUGUCCUUCUUUUGUUUCAUUUUGUAUGUUUGUUCUCCCUCAUGUAUUCCAAUAAAAGUUUUAAGUUCAAUACAAAAAAAAA